GGAAGAAUUUGGUAGCCGUUAAGAGUAGUUAUCUUAUCUAAAACACUAAGCAGGGCAAGCAAUGCUCAAAAUUUUGACCAAGCACACAAAACCAAUCUCUUCUUCAAUGGAGACUCUGAUAAAAUCAACAUUCCCCAUCUUUUCCGGCUUUCUAAAUAUUGCCACACCUAAACACAUCAAACCCUCCAACGUUUCAAUAAAAGCCCCCCCACCAGACUUCGAUUUCAGAUCGGAGAUAUUGCAAGCAUCCAGAGCCACAAUCGCCAAAAUCCACCCUGAAUUGCUUCACUUGGCCGAUACGGGCAGUUUAAUUCUGAUCGAAAGGCCACUGUUUGGCCCCGUACCGGCCUGGAGGACGGAGUUUGUUGAACCAGAGGCAAUAUGGCUGGUCGGCACCACUCAUAUUUCAAGUGAAUCCGCUGCUGAAGUGGAGCGAGUUGUGCGGACUGUCAAGCCUGACAAUGUAGUCGUUGAGCUAUGUAGAAGCAGAGCUGGGAUAAUGUACACUUGCAAUGAAGAUGGUGAGGAUAACCAACAAUUAAGAUCAAGCAUGUUUUCUUUGAGUGGGAAUGGAUUUUUUGGUGCCAUCGGUCGCAGCAUAAACUUGGGGGGACAAACUGCUCUAGCCUUACGACUCCUUUUAGCAGUUUUCUCAUCCAAACUGUCUUCUGAUGUCAAUCGCCCUUUUGGGGAUGAGUUUCGAGCUGCUCGAAAAGUGUCUGAAGAAAUUGGUGCUCAAAUAGUCUUAGGGGAUCGGCCCAUCGAAAUAACGCUUGAAAGAGCCUGGAUUGCACUGAAAUGGAAUGAGAAGCUCAAUUUACUGACCUCGGUUGUUGGUGGAAUCACUUCAUCAUCUGAUACAUCAAAGAAAGACUUCAAGGCAUCAGGCAGCGAUGAUGGGACUUUUCAACUCUAUGAGAAGCUCAGCGUUUCAUAUCCAGCACUACUGCAGCCUCUUAUACACGAACGAGAUACUUACCUGGCGUGGUCUCUGAAACGGAGCAAAGCAGUGAACAAAAGCAAGAGAGUGGUGGGGGUUAUAGGGAAGGGGCACAUGAAUGGCGUAAUAUAUGCACUGGUUUCAGAUUCCGGGGACCUGAGGUUUCGAGACCUGGUUGGAAACAGACCAUCGUCUGGAAAUAGAAUUGUUAAUGGUCUUCUUCAAAGCUUACUCAGAGACACUGUAAUUGGUGUUGUCUUGUGGGUAUUAUAUCAACAGAUCACAGCUGCUUUAUAGUACACAACAAAAUUCCAAAUUUACUCUCUCUAUGCAAAUUGCACUUUCAAAAUUUUAAUAUCAAAUAUUUAUUUUAAAUAUCAAAUAUUUGUUUAAUUUAUAA